UGUGGUGUCUCUCGCAGUCACUAGAUGGCGCUGUCGGUGGCAGGAAGUAGUGGAGGCGCCGCUCUAUGGUAGGAGGAGGGGAGGGAUUGCAGCGGGCGCGGGAAAGUUUGUAGCAGACGCAGUGUGUGUGUGAUAGAGCGGAUCUCUUCCCCCGGCAGAAUGAAGGUUAUAACAUGUGAGAUUUCCUGGCAUAACAAGGAGCCAGUGUACAGUCUGGACUUCCAACAUGGCAACGAUAAGUUCAACCGCUUGGCGUCUGCUGGAGUGGACACGGCUGUGAGGCUUUGGAAAAUCGAGAGAUCUCCGGAGGGGAAAGCCGUAGUUGAGUUCUUGGCCAGUCUUGCUCGUCACACCAAAGCCGUGAAUGUGGUUCGGUUCUCCCCAAAUGGAGAAAUCCUGGCCUCGGGGGGAGAUGACGCAGCGAUACUUCUGUGGAAGCUGAAUGAGACCAAGGAGUGUGAGCCGGCUCCGUUUCAGGAACAGGAUGAGUUUGAGCUCAACAAGGAAAACUGGACUGUGUUUAAAACUUUAAGGGGGCACCUGGAGGAUGUGUAUGAUAUCUGCUGGACUCAGGACAGUAACUUCAUGGUGUCGGCGUCUGUAGAUAACACUGCCAUUACGUGGGACGUCACUAAAGGUCAGAAACUGUCUAUAUUCAACGAGCACAAAAGCUACGUGCAGGGUGUGACUUGGGAUCCAUUGGGCCAGUAUAUUGCCACCCUCAGUUGUGACCGGAUUAUGCGUGUUUACAAGACCGAGACCAAGAGGGUUGCUUAUAACGUGAGCAAGAUGACAUCUAGUCCUGGCCCUGACGGAGAGGCAAAAAGUUUCCGCAUGUACCAUGAUGACAGUAUGAAGUCCUUCUUUAGGAGACUGACCUUUACUCCUGAUGGAUCCCUGCUUCUAACCCCAGCCGGCUGUGUGGAAGCUGGGGAGACUGUCAUAAACACCACCUAUGUCUUUGGGAGAAAGAACCUUAGGAGACCAAUUGCACAUCUUCCCUGCCCAACAAAGGCCACCCUUGCAGUGCGCUGCUGUCCUGUUUACUUUGAGCUGAGACCAACUAUGAAAGAUGAUUCUGGAGAAUCCCGCCCGCAGGGUCUCAUCACGCAACCGUACCGCAUGGUGUUUGCCGUCGCCUCAGAAGAUGCCGUCCUUUUCUAUGACACCCAGCAGCUGUUCCCUUUUGGCUACGUCUCCAACGUGCACUAUCACACGCUGAGUGAUAUUUCAUGGUCCAGCGAUGGGAAUUUUUUAGCCAUCUCCUCCACGGACGGCUAUUGCUCCUUUGUGACCUUUGAGGAGGGUGAACUUGGGGUUCCUCUAAAGGAAAAACCUGUAGCUCUGAUCCCCAAAACUCCAGCGACCGAAAGGAAGAUCAAGAAAGCUCAGUCUAAGAAAGUGUCCUCGCCGGGCUCCCGACAAGAACUGACUCCAUCUAACAAGUCCAUGGAACAUUCCGCUCCAUCCACUCCCAUGAAUAGCAGGCCUACCCCUGCCUCCGGAAGCAGAGAGUGUACCCCAGUCAGCAGCAACUCGCUCGCCUCAACUCCGAACUCCGAGGAUAAGAGAAACGCUAAAGGAGGGCAGCCGCGCAGGAUAAUGCUAAAUACACUGGAGGCCUGGAGCAAACCAACGACACCUUCCCCGAGGCGAAUCAGUCUCAUCUCUGUGAAAACAAAUUCUCCCAGUUCUGCACCGAGCAGCCCAGCCCUCAGUACAACUCCAAGACCUGAAGCCAACCCCAGUGUUCCCCCAAGUGAGGACGUUGGCUGUAAACCCCCAGAAUCAAAACGCUUACGGACUGAAGAUUCCCCGAGCUGUUCCUCUUCCGACAAGCCAAGCGGCUCUGACCAGACCAACAAAUAACCUGAUAAAUGUUGGACUUUGAGAUUUCUCCCCGUUCCACUCGCAGCAUCUCCUUGUUUUGUGCAACUGUCUAAGCCACGUUUCAUGCAGCUCCAACACAGAUUGCAGAUGGUCCUUUUAAGGCUUUUUUCCCCAUAACGAAAUAACUUGUUCAUUUCAGUUAACGACAGUGCUGAUUGGUCACUUUCUUGUGUUGUGUUUAUGAGGUUGUGGAGCUGAUAUAGGCUGUACCUUCACCCCAUUCCAGUACAGUGUCCAGUGUAUGUAUAUAUCUAUAUAUAGUCUCCUGCUGUAUUCUCUGUUAGAUAUGUCAUUUUUUUAAAGUAUCCUAAGGAAACUUUCACUUGCUAAAUAAGUUCCUCAUUUUUGUUUUUGGGUUGUUACACCGUACUGGUUCAAUAGCAAAUUAUUGAAUGCGGUGCUGCACUUUUUUCUAACCUUAUUGUGCUGUGAUCUGGGCCCUUUAUUGUGGCCUGUCCUACUGUUUAGCAGGGGACUUGGGAGUGUGGGCAUAAGGCCUUCUGAUUUGCUUUGAAAAUGGCUAAAAAUGAUGCCAGGAAAGAGGAUUCAAGGAUCAGUAUUGUUCCACGUAAGUGUAUUAACCCGUACAGAGGAAGUGGCGUUUUUUUUCUUUUGUAGGAAAGCCAAUAAUGCCUUAAAGGACAAGUAACAUCAAAAAAUUUAUGUUUUAAA